CACGCCGGGACGGGUAGACGCGGGGAAUUAAUGACUACCAAUUUCUUGCACUUGCACUAUUGAUAUUGGAUGUUGGAAUUAGUUGUCGCUAGGUUUUCGAAAUGCUAUUGAGUAGUGAAACAAAGUUACCGAGGUGAAUUCGUACUGCACGUUACUUAUGAUGCUGAAGGUGUUCCCGUUAUUUCCAGCUUGGCUCUUUAUUUUAAAUGGAAUUUACGGGAGUCAUUUGCCGCAUGGCGUUCCUCUUUCAAAAUCUUCGUUUUAUCAGGUCGGUCGUCCAUUUACUUGCUUAGAUGGCUCAUCUACAAUAUCAUGGUGGAAAGUCAAUGAUGAUUAUUGUGACUGCCGAGAUGGAUCAGACGAGCCAGGUACAUCUGCUUGUCUAAACGGUCGGUUUUCGUGUCGUGAUUUGCAAUACAGACCUGUUCUGUUACCUUCUGCUUACGUCAACGACAGUGUUUGCGACUGUUGUGAUGGAAGUGAUGAAUAUGGGGACCCUGCACUGUGUCCAUCAACUUGUGGCGCGCUAGCUGCAUCACUUCGUGAAGCAAGAUCUGUUAAACGUAAUGAAAUUGAACAAGGGUAUAAAAUCUUUAAAGAGUAUGUUGAAAAUUUGAAAGAACGUAAAGCAAAAGGACUCUUGGAAGAAAUUAAAUAUACAGAACCCAAUGAAUACGAUAACCUUCGGUUAGAAACUAGUGGUGCUGAGAAUACUCCUAUAGAUAACAAUGUCCAUCCUCCUUUAUCCACUGGUAAUGAACAUACACUUGUGGGUGAAGAUUCUCAACACAAUGAAGAUAAGAUUAUUGAUGAUCAUAAAGAACCUAUAAAUGACGAAGAACAUCAUGCUGGUGAAAGUGAUCAACAAGAUGACCAUUAUGAAACAGAUCAUCAUGAUGAUGGAAAUGAAACACCUCAUGAAGAGCCAACACCUGAAGAACCAGUUGCUGCUGAACAUACACCAAUUCCUACUCCAAUUGAUUAUGGUCCAGAAGAAGGUUUUCGUAUGCUAACAGAAUUACCAGAUGGUUGUUUAGAAUUGGAUGAUCGAGAGUAUACAUACAGAGUGUGUCCAUUCAAAUCAGUUCAUCAAAGAUCAAUUGGUUCUUCAAAAUCUGAUGUAGGAACAUGUAUCGGUAGAUGGGGUCGUUGGUUAGAAGGUGAAGAAAAUGAAAAAUCUUAUGAAGUUAUGUAUUAUGAGAAUGGAGAUCAAUGUUGGAAUGGACCAACUAGAUCUACUAAAGUUUUUGUUCAUUGUGGUGAUUCUAAUCGACUUACUUCAGUUAGUGAACCAUCUCGAUGUGAAUAUGUUAUGCAGUUAAUUACUCCUGCAGCAUGCAGUGAGACUCCUGAUGACCUGUUUAGACGGUUACAUCCUGAAUUGUAGAAUUAUUUGUCUGUAUUAUAUGUGACUAAAUUUUAUUGUCUACCAGUUUUUCUCUUUAUAUUUAUGAUGUUGGAAGGAAUUUUUUGUUAGACAGUGUUAUAUUUCCAUGUAAACUAAACAAUAUACGAUGGAAUGAGCUAGUUAUGAAACUAAUCGUUGCUUUACUGAUUCAUGGAUCGAGUCUAGUAUGUAUGUAACAUAUGUGAAUGUAAUGUUUGUCUGUAUUAUUUAAUUACCGAUGAUUAUCUUAAAAAUAUCUUACCUGACA